AUGGUAAAGCAAACGAUUCAAAUCUUUGCCCGUGUGAAACCGACGAAGAACCAGACCGCGGAGUACUUUGUGGACUGUGAGGAGCAGGGCGGUAGUUUGGAGUUUGUGGUGCCCAGAGACCUGGCAGAUGGUGUUAUCAACAAUAAGAGGGAAAACUACAAAUUCAGGUUUCAGAACGUUUUUGACCAAACAGCCAAUCAAGAGGAAAUCUUUGAGGCCAUUGCAAAGCCUGUUGCUGAUAAUGUGCUGGCAGGUUAUAAUGGCACCAUCUUUGCCUAUGGCCAGACUGGAAGUGGGAAGACCUUUACAAUCACUGGAGGUGCAGAGCACUACAAUGAUCGAGGGAUCAUCCCCAGAACUCUUUCGUACCUUUAUCAGCAUUUCAGCAAGGACAGCAGCAUGAUCUAUACAACCCACAUAUCUUACCUGGAAAUCUACAAUGAGACUGGCUAUGAUCUACUGAAUCCCCAACAUGAGGCAUCUCGUCUGGAGGACUUACCGAAGGUGACAAUCAUGGAAGAUCCAGACCAGAACAUUCACCUCAAGAACCUGUCAUUGCAACAGUCAGCCAAUGAAGAGGAAGCUUUGGAUUUGCUAUUUUUAGGAGACACUAAUCGUAUGAUCGCAGAGACUCCCAUGAACCAGGCUUCUACACGGUCUCACUGCAUCUUUACAAUUCACCUGUGCAGCAAAGAGCUGGGUUCAGCCAUGGUGCGGUGCUCCAAGUUGCACCUGGUGGAUCUGGCUGGGUCUGAAAGAGUGGGAAAGACAGGUGUGGGUGGUCAGAUCCUAACAGAAGCAAAAUAUAUUAACCUCUCUCUGCACUACUUGGAGCAGGUCAUCAUAGCCCUGUCGGAGAAGAAUAGAUCCCACAUCCCUUACCGCAAUUCCAUGAUGACCUCUGUGCUUAGAGACAGUUUGGGUGGUAACUGUAUGACCACCAUGAUCGCUGCUGUUUCUGUGGAGAGGAGGAACACUGGUUUCCUUUCUCUUCAGGUGAGGGUACGAGAGGGAUCCUGUGCUCAAAAUGGCAGUAAUGGCAGUACUCCUUUAAUGGGUGUCUCUGAUGAAGAGCAAAGAAAAUCAUACGCAGAAGUCCAGAAGCUGCGGGACAUGUUGACCCACCGUGAUAAUGAGAUCAGUAUAUUAGUGAACAUGCUUAAGAAAGAAAAGAAGAAAGUUCAAGAUGUCUCCUCCCAGCUGGCCCUGUUGUACCCAUUAACCAACAAAUCAUCCACGUCACCCACAACUAAACAGGUGGAAGAGAGUGCAAAAUAUGACCCCUCUAAUGAUUACACACAUGUUCAGCAUUUGAUGACCAGAAAAAGAGUGCUGGAAUUAUCUGUGGGUCAGCAGGAGGCAUUUGAAGUCUUUCUGAGAGACCAUGAAGACCGUUUAUCAAUUGAAAAUAACAGAGCUGUGUUGCAACAAAGGUUUAUUGAAGCCAAAACACUUGGUGAGCAAGUUAACCAGAUCAGGAUCAGAGUCAAUGAGCUGAAGACCCAGCUGAAAAUUAGACGAAAGCAAAUGGUAGCCCAAGGCUUAGCAGGAAACCUAACAGCAUCAGAGUCAGACUCUGUUGAGGAGAGAAUUCUCAACCAGAUAGAGGAGGAAAAGAAAAAUUACAAGAUCAAAUCUGGAUGUUUAAAAGGGUUGAAGACAGAGAUUGAACAUCUACAGCUGUUGCAUGAAAAGUUGAAAGUGAAACUCCAAAAGGACUUUGAGAAUUGGUGGACCCAGGAGGGCGCUAGGCUAAAGGGUCACAGUGCAGAGAACACAGGAAGCAGUCAAAGUCAUGUCAGCCCUCUCAGCUGCAUGUUAACCAGAGCCGUGCCCCCAGCUGAAUGCUCAUCUACCUCUAUUCCUUUAACUGGAGAUAAACAGACUGAUGAUGAUAUAGAGGCCUUCAUCAGAGCCAGACACAACCUGCUCAACAGCACAGGAGUGGCAAAAUAAGAACAGUUAUAGAUAAGAACAGAGGAGGACAAACAAUGAAAAGUCACACAUUUCUGCAAAACUCUGGGCCAGGUAGAUCAUUAAAGGACACCUUAAUGACUCUUAAACAUGUCAAAACCCUCAUGUCACUGGCUCAGAAGGAGACAC